UCCCCCGCGCGCCUUGGUUGCCACGGUGACGGCGACGCCGCGGCCAUGUCGGACCUGAGCUCUGAGGAGACCGAGGAGGCCGAGGCCGAUCUGGGGGAGUAUGAUGGUGAACGCAAUUCAGAAGGUGAGCGACAUGGACGUGGAAAAGCACGUCUACCCAAUGGUGAUACGUACGAUGGAGAAUAUGAACAUGGUUUCAGAAGUGGACAGGGGACCUACAGAUUUAGAAAUGGUGCUUGCUACAUGGGAGAAUAUCUUCAAAACAAAAAGCAUGGCCAGGGUAUUUUUUUUUAUCCAGAUGGAUCAAAAUAUGAAGGAGACUGGGUGAAUGACCAGAGACACGGCUAUGGAGAGUAUACAUAUGCAAAUGGAGACACCUAUACUGGAGAAUGGUUUAACCACAAUAGGCACGGACAAGGUACAUAUGUCUAUAAAGACACAGGAUCUAAGUAUGUUGGUGGUUGGGUAAAUGGAAACCAGGAAGGAGAAGCUGAACUUAUCCACCUAAACCAUAGAUUUAAGGGCAAGUUUUUGAAUGGAAAUCCUAUAGGUCGUGGCAAAUAUAUCUUUGAUAUUGGAUGUGAACAGCAUGGCGAAUACAUACAAUCAGAGCAGGAUAAAGGAGAGGGAGAAGAAGAGGAAGAACCCUCAUUCCUUGUUGCACCAAAAUGGAAAGCAUCAGAAAUUACCAAAUUAACACUCUGGACUCCCCAUGGGGAAAACCCACCUUCUCCCAGAAAAGCCUCCCUAGUGGGAGCAGCAGCAGCAGCAGCAGCAGCAGCAGAAGAAGUAGAAGAAGAAAGAGCAGCAGCAGUAACUGAAGAGGAGAAAAUGCCAUCAAUUGCAGUCACUGAUGAGCCUGCUGAGGGUAGGGAUGAUGAGCCUUCUCUUCAUGAAGUAUCCAGUGAAGUUUUUAGCCCAGCAAGGGAUGCAGGAGAGGAAGAUGAGGGAAGCAGAGGGGAAGAAGAAAACAAAGAUCAGGAGGAUCAAGGAACUGCUAGUUUAGAGGAUAAGGAGGAUGAAUCAAAGGAAGCAGAGUAAUUGGAUACAGCUAAAGACAAAGAGCCAAAAAAAGGAAAUGUCAGAGUAAAUCAUUUAUUAUGGUAAACCUGCAAUAUUUUUAUUCAUAAAAGGCUGAGUUAAGAUACUUUGAAAAAAACAUUUUUGUCACUGUUCUGUCUGGAAUAUAUAUCUCUGAAACUUUUAUGAUCUCGGAGUAUGCUCUGAGAUGUUGUGUGUUGUCUCACAACAACUAACUUUAUUCCAUGUAGCAGGUAGCCAGUUGUUGAAUUCAGUGCAGGAUUAUUCUGGAUGUAUGAAGUUGUGUCCUCACAAGUUUGCAGAAGCAAACUCAAUCUUCUCCUACUACUGGUAGUUCUUCUCUUCCUUGAACCCUGCCUCUGGGCACAGAGACUUGGGGGUUUUGCUUGUGAAGACAAAGACAAAAGCAGCACUGGCCUUGCCAGCUCUAUCUGUAUCCCCUGUCACUGGACCACCAAUUACAGGCCUUCAUUUUCCUUGUUUACUUUAUUGUUCAUGUAGCUGUAGAAGCUCUUCUUGUUGCCCUAAAUGUCCCCUUGCCAGUUUGAACUCAAACUGAAUUUUGCUUUCCUAAUACAGUGGUGCAUAUAAAUUC